CUCCGCCUCCUCGUGAAACGCAGACCGGCAUAAUGUCUUGGCGCCUAUUGGCUAAGCAGGGUGCCGAAGCGCGAAGGUUUUACGGGAAUAUCUUCUCUGAUUGGUCGCUUGCUUCUUUGUCUUUGAGCACUGUGUUGUGUGAAUGCGCUCAGAUUAAAGGGACUAUUUCCCCGGACCAGCUGUCUACCAGCACGGACACAACAAAGGACCCAGGAUGGUGUUGGUACACGUUGGAUAUUUAGUUCUCCCCGUCUUCGGCUCGGUUAGAAACAGAGGCUCACAGCUGUCCCGACACCAACAAAGUCAUGCCCCUUCUUGCCGACACAUCCACCUUGGGGCCCCGCAGGCGGCCGUCUCUGCCGAGUUCCCCCUGGGACAUGGCGGCCAGCCCCGCCUGACGGCGGCGCUUGCCCCCCACCUGCCCCCGGUGCACCACCAGACCCUCGCCACCUUGACGGCCGCGUCAGUACCGCCACCUCCACCCCCUCCUCCGGCCACAUUCCAGGAUGCGUCCGGGCCCUCCUUCCUACCUCAGGCUUUACAGCAGCAAUACCUCCUCCAGCAGCAGCAGCUACUGGACACCCAGGACCGCCGGACCCUCCCCCACUACAGAAGAGCCCAAGAGCGAGUUCCUCUGAUCCAUCAGCGUUUACGCCCCGGCUAUGAGUAUGCCCCAGGGCUCCAUGUUCCUCAGCCAGUGGGCCAGCAGCCACGCUACCUUGCUGAGGGCACAGACUGGGAUCUGAGCGUAGACGCCGGCCUCUCGGCCCACCAUCAGUACCAGCUCCAGCAGCUUCCACAGCACUAUCAGCACUACCUGGCCACUCCCAGAAUGCACCACUUCACCAGGAACUCAACUUCUGCACAAGUGGUGGUGCAUGAGAUCCGGAGUUACCCGUACCCCCAGCUCCACCUUCUGGCCCUGCAGGGCCUCAACCCUUCACGCCACGCCACUGCUGUGCGGGAGAGCUAUGAGGAACUGUUGCAGCUGGAGGACCGCCUGGGUAGUUUGAGCAGAGGAGCAAUGCAUACAACCAUCGAGAGAUUCACCUUCCCACACAAAUACAAGAAGAGGAAGCCUCUAGAAUGGAAGAUGGGAGAGGAGGAUGAGGAGGAGAAGGAGACAGAUGUGGAUGAGAAGUGCACAAUCUGCUUGUCCAUGCUGGAAGAGGCUGAGGAUGUUAGGCGGCUCCCCUGCAUGCAUCUCUUCCACCAGGGCUGUGUGGACCAGUGGCUGGCCACCAGCAGGAAGUGUCCCAUCUGCAGAGUGGACAUUGAGACACAGCUGCACCCCGGAAGCUGAUAAGCAUGAGGCUCAACAUCUACAGUACAUGCCGGCUAAACACCCCGAGAUCGACUUCCACCCCCCCC